GGCGCUUACAGUUGCAGGCAGGUAUGUAGGCGAGAUGUUAGAGGCGGUGCGUAAACAGUGGGUGAAGAUGGCGUCGAACAAGAAAAGUGGUGGGAGUAGCAGAUUUGAGAAAUCUGUCAAUGGAAGACGCUUGUCAAAACACAAAGAAGGUCCAGUAGUUUCAGCUGCUGACACUGACAGGACACACCCAAACAGAGAGGAGAAAGACAAGGACAGAGCCUUGAACUCAGACACUGUGAUGGACACCAAGGCAGUGUUUGCGGCCCUGUACAGCGUGUGCGAAGAGAAUGCCACCUUUUUCUCAGGAGGAGCCAAGGGGAGCCAGAGUGAUGCGGCACGGCGGCUGGUGGAUACCAUGAAGCUGAUCAAGGAGCAUGCUCGCAGCCUGGAGCCUGUUAUCUCCGGCUUCGCUGCAGUUUACCAUCAUUAUGACUUUGACCCACACAUACCUGCCAAUGGCUAUCGCUCACUGGUCAAGGUAGUGCGCUGCUGCCUCCUCCACAUCAUCCAAAAGGGACACUACAUCACCGCCAACCGACGCAGCAUCUUUUUUCGAGUAGCACACAAUGCAGGUGAGAUGGAGGCCUACUGCAACGCUCUGUGCCAGCUGCGCGCCCUGCUCUACCUGGCUCAACGCAUGCUACAUGACAACAGCCAUGGCAACCUUUUUUUCCAGGAUGAAAGUGGCCUCAGUGAGAGCUUUGUCCGUGAAUACUCAUCCAUGCACAAGGGGUGCUUCUAUGGCCGUUGCCUUGGCUUUCAGUUCAGUCCAGGCAUUCGGCCCUGUCUCCAGACCAUUGCUAUUGGCCUUGUGGCCUUUGGAGAAAACUACAAGCGCCAUCAGUCAGGAAUAGUGGAGGCAGGAGGUGUUGCACAAUAUGGUGUAGCAGCCAGCUCUUUCUUUACCUCAGGGAAGUACGCCAUUGACCCAGAGUUGAGAGGGGCAGAAUUUGAACGCAUUACCCAGAACCUGGACGUCCAUUUCUGGAAGUCUUUCUGGAACAUCACUGAGACUGAAGUCCUGUCGAGUCUUGCCAGUAUGACAUCCACUCAAGUUAAGGUGAACCGGACUCUUUCUGUGCCUGCCGUGCCCUUUGACCUUCCUCUGGCGUCCAACCACAGAGCAUCUGUAACUAUAGCUCCACCAUCAGCUCACAUCGGCACCGCUCCAGUUCAGAUGAGGCUCAUUUCCUAUGACUUACGUGAAGGACAGGACAGCGAAGCUCUGCUGUCUCUUGCCCGCGCUGAGGGGGGCGCCAUCUCUUUGUCGCUGGGGCUAAAGACCAAGCGCCUCCCCUCAUCUCCCUGUCUCCUGAUCCACUUCCAUGGGGGAGGAUUUGUGGCUCAGACCUCCAAGUCCCAUGAGCCCUAUCUGAAAAGCUGGUCCCAGGACCUUGGUGUCCCCAUCCUGUCAGUGGACUAUUCUCUGGCCCCUGAGGCCCCGUUCCCAAGGGCCCUGGAGGAGUGUUUCUAUGCCUACUGCUGGGCUCUGAGAAACCACCACCUACUAGGCUGGACUGGAGAGAAAGUGUGUCUGGCUGGUGACAGUGCGGGAGGCAACUUGUCUGUGACGACAUCAAUGCGCGCUGCUGCCUUUGGUGUGCGAAUGCCAGAUGGCAUCGUGGCAGUCUACCCGGCUACCCUGCUGACCGCCUACGCGUCUCCAUCCCGUCUGCUAACACUUAUGGAUCCCCUGCUGCCGCUCAGUGUGCUCACCAGGUGUCUCGCUGCCUACGCUGGUGCUGACCCGCAAACAGAGACACAGAUAGAGAAGGCAAGCACGAUGAGCCUGGUGAGGAGAGACACGGCUCUGCUGCUCAGAGAUUUCCGACAGGGAGCCUCCAACUGGAUCCACGCUCUGCUGGAUUCCAACAGAGCCUCAGCCUCCCCCAGUACAGCUGCAGAGGUGCCACCAGGAGCCACUGACACAGUGAGGGCGAGUAUUUCAGAGGCGUCCAUUUCUUCUCGUCACGCAGAUCCCCCGGUCGCCUCCGGGACGUCAGAGUUCCCCUCCAGGAAACUAUCUGUUAAGAGCCAGACUUGCCAGGACUUGGGGUCCCACAACAAUUCCACUUCUCACAGUGCACCAUUGCUCAGUGAACACAAUCCAGAAGAUGUGAAUUUCUUCCUCUCCAAGGAUGCAGAUUCCGCUGUGUCCAGUGACCUCUUUUCAGUGGCCUUACCACCCCCUGUUGUAGAGGAGGGAUUAGAGCUGGAGCACCCUGUGGAGUUCCCCAUAGGAUUUGAGCCACUGCGCUCAGAGAAGCCAUCAAAGAUGAGCUUGCACAGCUCUCCAGUGUUCAAGGAUCCGUACUGCUCCCCUCUGCUGGCUCCUGAUAGCAUGCUGAAAGGGCUGCCACCUAUACACAUAGUGGCUUGUGCAUUAGACCCCAUGCUGGAUGACUCUGUGAUGUUUGCCAAGCGUUUGAGAAACAUAAACCAGCCUGUCACUCUAUGCGUGGUGGACGACCUCCCCCAUGGCUUUCUCAGCCUAUCGCAGCUCUGCAGUGACACGAAAGAGGCAGCCAACGUCUGCGUGGAGAGAAUUCGCGCCGUCUUCAACCAGAAGGACACACCACCAGAGCCACGCAAGCACCGCAAGCUGGAAAGGACCGAUAGGGGUGUAUCGGCCUCUCCUGGGGAAGAUGGUUCUCUCUUCGUAGGCCCCAUAGAGAGAGGGGAGCUAGCUGUCAAAAGAGGGACUAAAAUUGCUGAUGGGGAGGGCUUAGUUGCUGUGGCAGCCCAGAACAACACUGACACUGUUGGUAUUGGGCCUUAAAUAAGGUUAGAUAAAAAAACAGUUUACCCAAGGAGUGAAAGGACAAAGAGUAAAUGAAAGUCAGGCAAAUGUAGGCAGUGCAAUGCCUAAAAGGGAGAGAGAAAGCAUCCUAAAAAAACUAAAAGUGGCAAUAGAGGUGUGUGUGUGUGUGUGGGGGGGGGGGCAGUCUAGGUGAUUUCCCAGAUUUUGAGAGACAAAAAUUUAAGAGGAGCACUGAAAUAUAACUUCCUCUGCUUUACAGUCACUUGUAUAACUUGCCAGUGCACCAUCAUGCACAGAGGCAAAGCUGGAAUUAAGACACCCUCAAAAGACAGUCAUGUUUUAGAAUAAAAUGGUAAUUUACCAGCUACUUACAUCAAAGACUAGCACUCACCCACACAUGCAGCACCCAUACUUUGCCGUUCGGCAGCGGAGGCUCGGAAAUAAAGCAACGCAGAAGAUACUUAAGACAAGGCCUGAAUGGGUGAUUCAUUUUCAGUCAUUUUAGGCACUAAUCAGAUAGUGGUAGGCACACUAUAUGCUCAGUAUAGAGUCAUCCCCAUCACAAUGUCCACUUGUACUUAAGGAAGCCACUAUAAAUCAAACUUAAUAACUCCACAUUGUGUUAUCUGUUAUGCCAGUUUGGCAGUCAAUACAGCUCACUUUGUAAAUAGUAACUCUGUUGACUCUCUGUCAAAUAGAAUUACAGCACUUAAAGAAAGGCUCUAAACUGGAUGAACUGAUGUACUUGAGCUAAUGUAGUUUAAUCAUAUCAUUAACCCUAUGCAGUACUUUUGUUAUUUAUAUCCUUUUUUUAUUUCUGGAUUUUAAUCCUUGAAUCAUUUCAGAUUUGUUGUUGAUACACCAUAUUAUUUGUUUAAUGUAAUCAUAUGCUGUUAAUUCAAAAUUUUUGAAUGUGCUCAAUAUUUACCUCUGCUUCUGCACAGCUGCUCCGACAUCCUUGGCCUUUCCAAUUAGACUCCUCUGUAAUGCAUACUGAUAGGAUAGAAUACAUGUACAACAUUACACAGGGACACAAGGCCCUAUCUAGAUGCUGCCCGGGGCUUUUUGUAGUGUCAUAUUAUUAAUGCAAAGAUUGCAUUUUAUUAAUUGCAACAUUAAAAUGUGUGGAUGAUGCACUGAGAUGCAUUAUUUUCUGAAGACCAAGUACUUGCUUAAAGAUGUGGGUACCAGCUUUAUUAGUCUUUUAAGAAGAGUCCUAGCAUUUAGAUGGCUGAAAUGGGCUAAAUGUUCUAAUUGUAAUUAUUUCAAUACUUCCAUUGGUCAACGUUCUCCUUCUGCAGAACAAGAGUAAGAGAGAAAGGGGUAGCAAAAAGCCCUUAGCUAAACGCCACAGCACUGAUUCCGUCUCAGGUUGUCCCUGUUCCUUGCCAGGUGUUAUUGAUACUUUUCUGCAGAGAUAAUGCAGUGUGUCAAAGUACCACUUCUCAGGCACAGGACUUCCGGACAAACAGAUCAGAGGUUUUUAGGCAAAACAAGAGGACCUUGACCAAGAAAAGAGAUUGUAAGAGUGAUGUGUAAAAGCCACCAACCUUGUAUUAUGUCAACCAAAAGUGGCUGGUGGACCAGAUCUUUUUUGCUUUCCACCAUCACAUUCAUGGUGGACUUUGUUUUGGAUAACCUGACGGCACUCCUGAGCGUGUUGCCACCGAAGCACUUUAAAG